AUGCGUUGGGCUCAUGGGCUUCUCUGGUUAUAUGCAGCCUCGGCUGCGGCACAGUCCGUCGAGGGUCUGUACAGUCUGGUCAAGAGGCGAAUGCCAGACCAUCUGGAUCAAUUUCGUUUUAGCAUCAAUUCCAGUCUGACCCAUCUCGACGGCUAUGAUCAGUUCAGGGUCCAAAGUGCACCCAAUGGUACUCUCCUUGUGGAAGGAUGCUCUAUCAGCGCGCUUUCGUCAGGGCUGCAUCGCUACCUGACCGAUGUUGCGCAUGUUGAUAUCUACUGGUUCAUCGGCAGUCGUCUUCACCUGGCGCCGUCCAAGCUCCCCGCCUUGAAGGCUCCAUUGAAGGGAGCAAGCAUGGUUCCUUGGAGAUAUCACUUUAAUACGGUCACUUUCUCCUAUACGACUGCAUUCUGGAAUUGGGAGGAGUGGGAGGUACAGCUGGAUUGGAUGGCGCUGCGUGGCGUGAAUCUACCUCUUGCCUGGGUCGGCCAGGAGAAAAUCCUUGUGGAAGUCUUCCGAGAAAUUGGGCUGACUGACGCGGAAAUUUCGACCUUCCUCAGUGGACCAGCGUUUCAGGCUUGGAACCGUUUUGGCAACAUCCAGGGUGCCUGGCAUAGCGAACUGCCCGAGUCAUGGAUCGACCAGCAGUUCGAUCUACAGAAGAAUAUCCUCCGUCGCAUGGUAGAACUGGGGAUGACCCCGGUCCUUCCUUCGUUCACUGGCUUUGUGCCAAUGAACACCACCCGCGUCUUCCCCAAUGCGAGCAUUAUUCGUGGCUCGCAAUGGGGCGGGUUCCCUCUGCGGUACACAAACGAUUCAUUCUUGCAACCGUUCGACAGUCAUUUUGCUCAGCUGCAGCAGAGUUUCAUCGGCAAGCAACAGGCUGCGUAUGGGAAUAUCAGCCACAUCUACACCCUCGAUCAAUACAACGAGAACACCCCGUCGUCAGGAGAUUUAGACUACCUUCGCAAUAUCUCCAAGGGAACACUGAAGAGUCUCAAGGAUGCCGAUCCUGAUGCCGUUUGGAUGAUGCAAGGCUGGUUGUUCUAUGCGCUCUCCUCCUUUUGGACCAACGAUCGGGUAGAAGCGUACCUUGGGGGUGUUGAAAACGACGAGGACAUGAUCAUUCUAGAUCUGUACUCCGAAUCAAUUCCCGAGUGGCGCAGAACCAAGUCUUACUUUGGGAAACCGUGGAUCUGGUGUCAACUACACGACUUCGGGGGUAAUAUGGGUUUGUAUGGGCAGAUCCUCAAUGUCACGCAGAACGCAACUCAGGCACGAAUCGAGUCCCCUUCCAUGGUAGGCUAUGGGCUUAGCCCGGAGGGACAAGAAGGAAAUGAGAUCAUGUAUGACUUGCUUCUAGACCAGGCCUGGUCCUCCCGGCCAAUCGACACGCCACAAUACUUCCACCGCUGGGUGACUAGUCGUUAUGCUGGCUCUGGAUCGGUCCCUCAAGGGCUGUAUGAAGGGUGGGAGCUCAUGCGAUCGACGGUAUACAAUAACACCAACCUCACCAACUCGGCUGUCAUCCAGCCCACUGUCGAAGCGCAACCGGGCAUCAACGGGGUCGUGGGCUCGACGGGCACUCACCCGCGAGCACUGACCUACGAGCCCGCCGACCUAGUGAAGGCGUGGCAGUCGAUGUAUCAAGCUGGCCAUUCGGCACCGGAGCUGUGGAAAAAUACGGCCUAUCAGCAUGAUAUGGUCGAUGUCACCCGGCAGGUUCUGGAUAACGCUUUCAUUCCACUGUACCUGGACCUGGUCACCACCUACAACGAAUCCAAUGCAUCUCCCGAUAUUCUAACGCAGAAAGGACAGAGAAUGCUGCAGCUGCUCGCCGAUCUGGAUGCCGUCCUUCUCACCAGCGAGAAUUUCCGACUAUCCAAGUGGAUUCGCUCUGCUCGGUCCUGGGGCCGGGGCAACCAGAAGGAGGCGGCCUUCCUCGAAUAUAAUGCGCGUAACCAGAUCACACUGUGGGGACCGAACGGCGAAAUCACCGACUAUGCCUCAAAGGGGUGGGCGGGCCUGGUCUCGACAUAUUACAUGCCUCGUUGGCAUAUCUUCAUUGACUACCUCAAGUCCACGCCGACAGCAUCGUACAACUCCACAGCCUUUUUCGAGAAACUCUGGGGCUUUGAGCAACAGUGGCAGGAGCAGACCUGGACGAGUCCUGAGCCGACUGGAGACAAGGUGGAUCUGCAGAAAGUACUGGCUCGAGUGCGCCUCGCCUCUCACUCCCCCAUUCCUCUCCUCGCGGCCGCUCGCCCACUCGCCCACUCGGACGACCACGGAUUUUCACAAUGCCGCGUGCUGUUCGAGGUAUUUCGCAUUAAAAUCAGGUCUGCGAUUCCCGCCACUGACGCCGUCCUUCCAGGUCUGCUCAUCGAAUGCGAUCCGUCGAUAAAGUCCCUGAUCCUCAAGUACGACGAAGAGCGCCACGACUAUAUCGUGGAGGACUUGGAUGAUGAGAACUAUCUGGUGAUUAAAGAGAGCCAGCUUCAGAACCUGAAGGCGCGCCUGGACCAUGACCUUGACGAAAAGAUCAUGCAACUGGAUGAAUCCGAGUCCGAAUAA